AACAAUCCCUUUAAAGGAGAGGACGAGAAAGUUAAGGAUUUUGUUCAGAUUUGCCCCCAUACAGGUUAAAUGGAACACAUCAGUAAGGCACUGGUCCUUUGGCCCUGCUCCAGUGAAUGUCUUUGGAAGUACAGAUUAACCUUUGCAAAGUCCUUUGUCCGUGUUGUGGAGGACAGGUGGUAAAAGGAAGAGAGCAGAGUGAGAGAUACAAAGUUGGAUGCUCUUCGAAUAGUCCAGAUGAGAGAUUAGUAGGACCAGAAUCAGGACGACAUCACUUCUUAUAGUUCUUAGGAGAUGGCACACCACUGUGCAUGGUUGGAAGCACCACUCACAGUUUCCUUUUUGGAGCACUGGCUGAAUUGCUGGACAAUGCAAGAGAUGCAGGGGCUGCAAGACUUGAUGUGUUUUCAGUGGAUAAUGAAGAACUGCAGGGUGGAUUCAUGUUGUGCUUCCUGGAUGAUGGAUGUGGUAUGAGCCCUGAGGAAGCUUCAGAUAUCAUUUACUUUGGAACAUCCAAGAAACGGUUAUCAACUUUGAAGUUUAUUGGGCAAUAUGGCAAUGGUCUUAAAAGUGGAUCCAUGAGGAUUGGAAAAGACUUUAUUCUUUUCACAAAGAAGGAAGAAACGAUGACCUGUGUGUUUUUUUCUCAGACAUUUUGUGAAAGAGAAGGUCUAAGUGAGGUUGUGGUUCCAAUACCUUCAUGGUUAACAAGAACCAGAGAAUCUGUCACAGAUGAUCCUCAGAAAUUCUCAACGGAAUUGUCUAUAAUUUAUAAGUAUUCUCCAUUUAAAACCAAAGCGGAAUUGAUGCAGCAGUUUGAUGUGAUCUAUGGGAAAUGUGGUACUUUGCUGGUUAUUUAUAACUUGAAGCUUCUGCUUAGUGGAGAACCUGAGUUGGAUGUUAAAACUGACAAGGAAGAUAUACUGGUGGCUGGAGCUCUUGAGGAUUUUCCAGAGAGAUGGUCGCUCAGAGCCUAUACAUCUGUUCUGUAUUUUGACCCUUGGAUGAGAAUAUUCAUUCAGGCCAAAAGAGUUAAAACAAAAUACCUAUGUUAUUGCCUCUACAGACCCAGAAAGUAUCUGUAUGUCACAUCUUCUUUUAAAGGGGCAUUUAAAAAUGAAGUUAAAAAGGCAGAAGAAGCAGUAAAGAUAGCUGAACUCAUAUUGAAAGAAGCACAAAUCAAAGGAAACCACUCUGACAGAACUUCUUUGUCUUCUCCUGCCAAGGAUGUAUUACAGAAAGCUUUGGAAGAUGUAAAAGCAAAGCAGAAGAUUCUUCAAGAGAAACGGAGAGAAUUAAAAAAAGCAAGGACACUCACCCUGUUCUUUGGUGUGAACAUAGAAAACCGAAGCCAAGCUGGGAUGUUCAUUUACAAUAAUAGCCGCUUGAUCAAAAUGUAUGAGAAAGUGGGCCCACAGUUGAAACUGAAGUCCUUACGUGGUGCAGGUGUGGUUGGAAUUGUUGAUAUACCUUUGGAGAUCAUGGAACCAUCCCAUAAUAAGCAGGAAUUUCUCAAUGUCCAAGAGUAUAAUCAUCUUCUAAAAGUUAUGGGACAAUACUUGGUCCAGUACUGUAAGGACACUGGAAUCAGUAAUAGAAAUCUAACAUUGUUUUGUAAUGAACUUGGAUACCUGAAUAAUAAGGAAAUGGAGAAAUCUUCAGAUUCUAUUCAAUAUCAAAGAAGACAGGCCAUAGCCAUCCCAUUCAUUAUUCAGUGUGAUCUUUGCCUUAAAUGGAGAGUCUUGCCUCCCUCUACUAAUUAUCAGGAGAAAGAAAUUUUUGACAUCUGGAUUUGUGCUAAUAACGCUAACCUCUUGGAAAACAGUUGUCAAAAGACACAACGUCUACCUUCCAUUCCCCUGGGCACUACGAGCACAGUAUCACCAUCAAAAAAUGAGAAAGACAAGCAACUUCGACAGUCAGUCCAGAGGUAUCAAAAUCGACUGGCAGAACCUCAUCGACAGCCUCAAUUUAUACCAACAAGUAGGAUCACUGAGUUCACUACCACCUGCCAAACUUCAGCACCUAAGGGAAAUACGAAAAUUCAGAGAAUCAGGCCUUCCGGUGAUGACUUGAAGCACGAGUCUCUUUCAUCCUUUGAGCUUUCGGUCAACCAUAGAGGCUGGAAAAGUAACACAGGAGAGGGGGAUUCUGAUGUAGAGUAUGUUUCAGAGACUAAAAUUAUGAAGAAGCCUAUGCAGAAGAAAGUGAAACCUCAACAGUGGAGACAUCCAGCCGCCCCGCUGGAAAAUGUCAAACUAGCUGAGAGAUCCCAGGCCUCUUCCUGGGAAAUGAAGGGGAAGCAGAGACAAAACCCUGUGCAGGAAUGUAAGGCUCUGAUUGAAGUUGAAACCAGCAACAGCAAUUUGAAUAUAAUCCAGGUUUUAGAUAAAAGUGACACUGAUGUUUCACUGAAACAAGAAGAAAAGGAAGUUUCUCUUAUGAAAGAAGAAAAACAGGAGCUGUGCAGUGAUACUCCAGAAAUAAAGAGAAACCCUUCAUCACCUAACUGGGAAAGUAUGCCAGUGGAAGAUUUAAAUUCAAGUUCUGGAUACAAAGCCAGAGUGUCUGUGAGGGGUGGUUGUAAAGUUGCUUCUUCACUGACAACAUCUUCUCAAAGCACACCUGUCAAGGAAACAGUAAGAAAACUGACAUCUAAUUUAAGGGAGAUUCUUCUGUAUUUUUUCCCUGAGCAUUGUCUACCAUCAGAAUUUGGCCACACAUCUCUGGAGGAACUUACAGCAAGUUUGGAGCUGGAGCAAUGCCCAGAGCAGACAAACAAAAAGCUGAAAAUGUGUUUCAACCAGAUCCAUAAUGUUUACAUGGUCCAAUAUGAAAAAAAACUAAAGCAAACCAUGCAAUCCAUUAACUAUGAUGCAAACAGAAGAGGAGUGGUUAAUGAAGUAUCCCUGGGACAAUGUGAAAAAAAAAGAAAAAUCACUGAAGACAAACUGAAUAAUCUUCGUGUGAAACUGACAGUAUUAUUGCAGAAACUUCAGCUGGGCGGUCCAGCAGGAGACCUGGAGCAGAUUGACAGUUACUUAGAAGCUCUGCUUAAAGAAGAUAAUCUCCUUUUUCAGAAGACUUUUAAAUAAAGUGACUGCAGGUACAGGACAUAGUCUCCUUUCAGAAAAAAAGGAAAGUACUUCUCAAAAUUAAAAGAAAAGACAUUCCAUUUUUUAAAAUGCUAAUAAGAAAAAAAGAUUCUUUUUAAAAAAUCUCCUCUGCACUUGUUAUUGUAAAGUUCAUCUUGUUUAACAGUAAGAAAAUUUUAUGUUUUAGAAAUGGAGACUGGUUUACAAUUUGUAUGUUUCCCAGGUCUAUUCCCUAACUCUUCCUGUUCUUUCAGAAACCAUUUCUAGAGUUCUCUAAUUUCUGUGAGCUGCUAAGAAAGAUGGAAAUAUCAUUUAGGCUUAAAUUUUUUUUUCACUAAAAAGAUUGUAAAAACUGGAACACAAUGGUUUUUAAGAGCCAAAGAACUACAGAAUCACCUCCUUUUGAAACUUGAGUUGAAAAAGUAAGACAUUAUACCCCUUCUCCACUACAGCCAGUACUCAGUAAAGCAGAUAAUAUACAUCCCAAAAGAACUUUGAGAUAUAUUUUAUAUGAUAAUUUUAUUAUUGAGUUAUAGUAAAAGAACCAAUCUUCUAAGCAUAAUAUGAAUACAUAUUACAU